AUGGUUGUCAUCAGGUACUACGGCCCUGACCCCGGCAACCACCCUGACCCAAAAGAAUUACCCAAUAUCUUCCGCAACCUGAAGUCCGGCCCAGAGGCUGCCUUUGUCCUGGGCUGCGAUGGCGUCCUCCAAGCUUCGACAAUUGACCACGACAUACUAGACGCCAUCGGCCUUCCACCCCGAUUGAUCAAAGCCUUUCUCGAUCGGGAUACAUUUGACCCGCAGAUGGAAGAUAUGUAUCGUGGAGUGGAUGGAACUAAAGUGCCCCAGGAGCAGUGCUGGAAGCCAGGUCCAUCGUUAUUACCACCACCAUUCGCAGAGGAGGAAAAAGCAUGUUUUAAAAAGGAGAUUGAGGAGAACAAGGAAGUUAUUCAGGAGAAUAUUAGGAAAAGGGAAAGUGGUGAAGUGAAGCCGUGUGGGGUUGUUGUCUGUAGUCCUGGGGAGAGAGGGGAAUGA